UUUCCCUUUGAGGUGAGGAUUCGGCCCCGACCAAUCUAAACCUUCCUCUGCUGUUGACAACUGGAAACCCUAUGACGCAUUCGAGUGCUACGUAUGGUCACGUCACUCAAGCUUCAUUCGUGAGCCACACUGUUGCCCGCUAUUAAACAGCAGUCUCAUGCGCGCUCUCCUGCGGCUGCUCCACUACAACCUGAUUCUGCCUUCAUUCCAGACUUUGUCUACUCUCUUCGAGGAACUAAGAUACCACGGCGUUUGAUACCCAAAGUCUCGCUCGUCUCUGCUACAAUUACUUCUUUUCUUUUGAUACCCAAUCCAGCUCUUACCAUUCAAAAGUCGGUCGUCCAACAUGGCACCCCCGAACGUCAACAAGCCCGUGGAUGUCAAGCAAAAGGAGGCGGACGUAAACCGUAAGCUCCAGAUCUACGGCAUCAUCAGCGCCUUCCAGAACGGCAAAGUCCCUUCGAACGACCAGAUCGAUGUCGCCCUGAACAGCUUCCUCGAGUCCAAGGCGUUGUCGAGCCCUUCCCAGAAGCUUUCAACGGAGGGACGGAAGCUUGUGGAUGAUGUCAGGGACGUAGUGACACAAGCCAAAAACCUGUUGCUGUCCAAGAACGAUGGCAACCUCCUGCAAGAUUUCAUUUGGCAGACCCAGCAGUUUGACGCUGAUUCUUUGUCCCCGCCCAAUGCUCCCAUCGAUAAAGAGACAGCACAACGACACGGUAAUCAGGUGCUUGAGGGUCUGCGCACUCUCGGAACCCUCAUUAUUACCAAUGGACAGUUCCGAAAGCUUCUUAACGAUGCAACCAUCCUUUUCCGUGACAUGGCCGGUGAUGCCGCCACUAACGCCGCUGCGCGGGUCAGGCCCGGUGAAGAAGACCUGGCCCAGAUCGACCGCCCAGCCGAAGAUAACGUUUGGCACGAUGCUCCGGACAUGUCCAAGGACACGGUGAAGAGCAAACUCCAGGAGUACUAUAAAGGCAACCCCAAGGAAGACGUUCGAUCCGCUGCCAAUCAAGGGACGUCCCAGGCUCACCCCUCUGGUUCCAAUGACCCGGGAGAUCUGGCAACCACCGCCGCGCAGGAUGCCCAGCAGAGGGACGGUGGUGCUUCCGGCGUUGAUGCGGUGGGAGGUGCCCAGUCCGCCAAAGAUACGCUGAAGCGUAAUGUGGACCAGAACAUCGACGAUGAGACCAAGGAGAAGGCCCGGCAAAGGCGUGAAGAGUACCGGGAGCGUCUGAAGAACUACUUCAACCGCAAGAUGCCGCAGGAGCGUCGCGAACAGACCAUCUGGCGUCUCAAGAAAAUGGUCCUCGAGUGCCAGCAGCACCCUGAUUACUAUCAGGCAGUCAACACCUUGCUGGACCUUGCCGAAGAGUACGGCAACCAUGCGGACCGUCUAGCGAGGGGAGGCACAGACACCGUCAAGGGCGCUCGUUCUAACUUGGUCCAGGCCGAAACCGACCUCAAGACAUUGAUUGAGCGGUUUGCCAACGGCACCUCUACGGACGAUUUGUGGUCGUCCAUCAACACCGUCUACGACGACGCGGACCGUGACCCUCAGCUCAAGAAUUGGUUUAAGAGCCUCAACAGCUUCAUUCGACGGUGCCUGCAGGAGCAGGGCUACAUCCUUGACGACGAUUCCAACGCCCAGUGGCACCGCCUGUAUGACGAGGGCAACUAUCUCCUGCGCAACAAGUACCGCGGCCACACCGACCGCAUCAUGGACGAGAUGAAGUUCCUGGCGGAUCAGUUCGACCAGGACCCGCACAACAAGGCACUUGCGGACUCCAUGACCAAGCUCUUCAAUGAUCUCGGGAACGACGAGAACGGCAAGCCGACUUUCAAGCCGCACUUGCUCAAAGACCUCCAAGACGUGGUCCUCCCGGCCAUCUUCGAGAAUGUUGCAUACAUCCCGGUGCCGCGGAUUGAGUACUCGGACCCCGAGGUUGAUGCUGUGAUCGAGAAUCUUGUUUUGGAGAGCGACAACUUCAUGCCCAAUGUUCUGGAGGUCGCCAGUGAGAACUACAUGCGCUGGGGCCGGAAAAAGGUCGCCAGCAAGAGCAAGCAUUCGAUCGACGUCAAGGUGGCCGGCAUUCAGAUGGACCUCCGGGAUGUGAGCUACUACAUCAAACGCAAGCAGGGCUUUCCAUCCAUUACGGAUAAGGGAGUAGCCAACUUCCUGCUGGCUGGAGACGGACUCAUGUUCCGCAUGAAGCUGUCGUCGCCAGAUGAGAAGGAUAAGCACAGCUUCUUCAAGAUCGACAAGGUGGACGUCAACAUCAAGGAUCUGAACAUCAAACUUGUCAAGUCCAACCACAAGAUGCUGUUCGGGAUCUUCAAACCCAUUAUGCUCAAGGUCCUGCGCCCCGGUCUGCAGAAGGCACUGGAGAAGGCAAUCAGGGACCAGGCGGCGCGACUGGACAGCAUGCUGUUCGAAAUCAAGCAGGAGGCCGACCGGGCCAUGCAACAAGCCAUCAAAGAUCCAGAGCAUGCGCCCAAUAUCUACAACCGGUACGUGACGGCGGCGCAGAAGAAGAUCAUGCAGGGCAAGCAGAAGGCGCAGGGCGUGGCUGCGGACAAGAAGAUGAACUAUGCCGUCACAAAGGAAGACAGCAUCUUCCCCAACAUCCACCUGCCAGGCGGCAUCAGCUCCAAGGCCACGGAGUACAAGGACCUCGCUCGCAAGGGCGACAAGUGGGAGAGCCCCGUCUUCUCCAUCGGCAGCGCCGGCAAGAGCCGCGACAUCCCGCCUGCGCCCAAGAUCGCGCGCAAGCCGCACGCCGCGGCUGACCCGCACAAGAACUAUGGCUACAGCGCCGAUAACGCUCACGCUAACGGCGGCAACUUCUAUGGACAACACGGUAAUGGUGCUGGUAACGGUGCUCCGCCGCUGAGCGGUAAGACCCUCGACGGUAACUUCCCGAACCCGCACGGGAGUGCAUUCCACGAGAACUCCCCCAAUGGAGGCUUCAAGGUCAAUCCGUCUGUUACCAACCCGGCUGCCCUCAACGCAUCAUACUAAGGGGAGAAUGAUGCUGCUACUGUUACUGGGCGGUGGUUGAGGCGAUGUCACAGGGGCGAAAAUAGGGGACGAGGAGGAUGUACGGGACUAUGAUACCAAUUACGGCGAUGAGUUAAUAAUCGGAUACGAACGGGAUUGAGGGAGGUUGGCUUGUGGUUGGGAGGAAAACCCAGAUUGAUCAGUCUUUGCCGGAAAGGGGGGUAAUAAUAUGUUCGGUUGGGCCCCUUGGUUGAUCCUCUCCUUUAGCUUGAUUUCCUAGCCAUAGUAUACCAUCCAUUGCUUCUGCAGAGCCUACUUGCUCGUUUGCACC